UAUAUAAGCGCCGCCAGGCUGACCACUCCCAUUCUCCGGGACUUUCCGAGGGGCUGUGCCACGGACGCGGUCGGGGGUGGAAAUAUAAACCGCUUUCAAGAUUUCGGGGAAAAAGGGCUCUGGCGUUUGGACGACCAUCGACUUGGGCGGCGAGUGCACCUACAGAGCCGCAGCCAUGAGCAAGCAGAACUCGUACGAUAUGUUUGUGGAGAUGGACAAGGUGGAUGGGGAGGUGGAUGUCCAGAUCAAAAAAAAGAAGAAGAUGAAGAAAAAAGAGAGACUGGAAGGCAUGAAGCGGGAGAUGGACAUUGACGACCAUGAGAUCACCAUAGAAGAGCUCGAGAUGAAAUACACCACCAGCGUCACCAAGGGCCUGACUUCCGCGAUGGCCCAGCAGGUCCUGGAACGGGACGGCCCGAACGAACUGAAACCCCCCAAGGGGACCCCCGAGUACGUCAAGUUCGCCCGGCAGCUGGCGGGGGGGCUGCAGUGCCUGAUGUGGGUCGCCGCCGUCAUCUGCUUCAUCGCCUUCGGCAUCCAAUUCGCCAAGGGUGACCUGGCCAGCGAAGACAACCUGUACCUGGCUAUCACACUGAUCGCUGUGGUGGUCGUGACUGGUUGUUUCGGUUACUACCAGGAGUUUAAAAGCACCAACAUCAUCGCCAGCUUCAAAAAUCUUGUACCACAGCAAGCCCUGGUGAUCAGAGACGGUCAGAAGAACGAGAUCAACGCCAACAUGCUGGUGGUGGGCGACCUGGUGGAGAUCAAGGGCGGAGACAGAGUGCCCGCCGACAUCCGCAUCAUCACUGGCCACGGCUGCAAGGUGGAUAACUCCUCGCUGACCGGGGAGUCCGAGCCCCAGAGCAGGACUCCGGAGUACACCCAUGAGAACCCGCUGGAGACGCGAAACAUCGCCUUCUUCUCCACCACCUGCCUGGAGGGGGUGGCCACGGGCGUGGUCAUCAACACGGGCGACCGCACCAUCAUCGGCCGCAUCGCCAGCCUGGCGUCCGGCGUGGGCAACGAGAAGACGCCCAUCGCCAUCGAGAUCGAGCACUUCGUGGACAUCAUCGCCGGCCUGGCCAUCUUCUUCGGCUUCACCUUCUUCGUGGUGGCCAUGUUCAUCGGCUACGCCUUCCUGGAGGCCAUGAUCUUCUUCAUGGCCAUCGUGGUGGCCUACGUGCCCGAGGGGCUGCUGGCCACCGUCACCGUGUGUCUGUCUCUGACGGCCAAGCGCUUGGCCAGGAAGAACUGCGUGGUGAAGAACCUGGAGGCGGUGGAGACCCUGGGCUCCACCUCCACCAUCUGCUCCGACAAGACCGGCACCCUGACCCAGAACCGCAUGACCGUGGCCCACCUGUGGUUCGACAACAUGAUCCACGCGGCUGACACCACAGAGGACCAGUCCGGGCAGAGCUUCGACCAGUCAUCGGACACGUGGCGAUCGCUGGCUCGAGUGGCGGGGCUCUGUAACAGGGCCAUCUUCAAACCCGGCCAGGACACCGUGCCCAUCCCCAAGAGAACAGUGGUGGGGGACGCCUCAGAGACAGCGCUGCUCAAAUUCACGGAGCUCACCAUCGGCAACAUCAUGGACUUCAGAGCCAGGUUCAACAAGAUCUGCGAGAUCCCCUUCAACUCCACCAACAAGUUCCAGCUGUCAGUGCAUGAGCUGGAGGACCCUCUGGACCUGCGCUACCUGCUGGUGAUGAAGGGGGCGCCAGAGAGAAUCCUGGAGCGGUGUUCCACCAUUCUGAUCAAGGGCCAGGAGCUUCCCCUGGACGAGCAGUGGAGGGAGGCCUUCCAGACGGCCUACAUGGACCUGGGUGGCCUGGGGGAGAGAGUUCUAGGUUUCUGCCACAUCUACCUGAACGAGAAGGAGUACCCGCGGAACUACCGCUUCGACACCGACGAGAUGAACUUCCCCACGUCGGGCCUGUGCUUCGCCGGGCUCAUCUCCAUGAUCGACCCGCCGCGCGCCACCGUGCCCGACGCCGUCAUGAAGUGCCGCACGGCUGGCAUCCGGGUUGUCAUGGUGACAGGAGACCACCCGAUCACAGCGAGGGCCAUCGCGGCGAACGUGGGCAUCAUCUCGGAGGGGAGCGAGACGGUGGAGGACAUCGCUAACAGGCUGCGCAUCCCGGUGGAGCAGGUCAACAAGAGGGACGCGCGUGCCUGUGUGAUCAACGGGGGGCAGCUGAAGGACAUGACCACCGAGGAGCUGGACGAGAACCUGAAGAGCCACCCGGAGAUGGUGUUCGCCCGAACCUCGCCCCAGCAGAAGCUGAUCAUCGUGGAGAGCUGCCAGCGGCUGGGGCAGUGACGGGAGCGGGUGAACGACUCGCCGCGCUGAAGCGACAUCGGCACGCAGAGCGCUGACGCUGCAAGCGCCGCCGACAUGAUCCUGCUGGACGACAACUUCGCCUCCAUCGUGACUGGCGUGGAGCAGGGCCGUCUGAUCUUUGACAACUUGAAGAAGUCCAUUGCGUACACGCUGACCAAGAACAUCCCCGAGCUCACUCCCUACCUCAUUUACAUCACCGUCAGCGUGCCUCUUCCUCUGGGCUGCAUCACCAUCCUCUUCAUCGAGCUGGCUACUGACAUUUUCCCCUCCGUGUCUCUGGCCUAUGAGAAGGCAGAGAGUGACAUCAUGCACCUGAAGCCCAGGAACCCGCGGAGGGACAGGCUGGUGAACGAGGCGCUGGCGGUCUACUCCUACUUCCAGAUCGGAGCGAUCCAGUCCUUCGCAGGCUUCACAGACUACCUCACAGCCAUGGCCCAGGAGGGCUGGUACCCUCUUCUGUGUGUGGGGCUCCGGUCUCAGUGGGAGGACACUCGCCUGCAGGACCUGCAGGACAGCUAUGGACAGGAGUGGACCUUCAGCCAGCGCCUGUACCAGGAGUACACCUGCUACACCGUCUUCUUCGUCAGUAUCGAGAUCUGCCAGAUCUCUGACGUCCUGAUCCGUAAAACCCGUCGUCUGUCUGUGUUCCAGCAGGGCUUCUUCAGGAAUAAGGUCCUGGUGACGGCCAUUGUCUUCCAGCUGUGCCUGGGUAACCUGCUGUGCUACUGCCCGGGCAUGCCCAACAUAUUCAACUUCAUGCCAAUCCGAGUGCAAUGGUGGUUUAUCCCGGUGCCUUAUGGAAUUCUAAUCUUCGUCUACGAUGAGAUCAGGAAAUUGGGGGUCAGAAGAUACCCUGGGAGCUGGUGGGACCAGGAGUUGUAUUACUGAACGAAGAGGGUGCCACAAGCAAAAAUAAGAAAGAUAUCCACAUAUUCCCAUGAAUUAAUUCAUAAAGUUAACCACAGACCCUUCUUUAUUGUUCACUGAAAUCCUCUGAUGGGACCAUUUAACUGCAACCCAGCACCUACCAGCCAUCUUAAUCCACACACAAUAACUUAGCUGUGUGACAACUGUCUUAAUGUCCUUCAUUAAUACUUCCAGUAUGCACAAAGUUAACUUUGAGGUUUUUAAAGUUCAAAAUAAGAAUCAGAAACACAGUCAGCAAGGUUCCAUUUAUUAUGUCACUAAAACGAAUGAAAACUAAAACUUAAAAUACGCCUAUGGUUACAUUGUUACAUUUAUUUCUGUCAUCACAUUAUUAGCUUUGGUUAAAGAUCUCAAAUUAACACAACUAAUGGACCUAUUCCCUUUGUGUCUCAAAAAUUCAGUCGGAUGGAAAACUGAUUGGCUGACAUUUAAAGAAAUGGAGGGAAGAACAGAACUUUGGAUUUCAUCCAAACUUGAUAGCAAUUUCACGGUAGUCUUGGGAAGAUAUCAUUUCCGAUGGGAGGUUAAAUCCACAUGGUUAGUAUGCUUACAUUGAACAGAAUUUCCCCAACAAACUUAAAAAAAUGACCAAAAAUGAAAUGUGAUUUUUCUGCAUUCUGUGACACACAUAGUGAUUGAAUGCUCUUUUAAGCGGCAUUAAAUCCACAAACAUUUAGACAAGAACUCAUUUAAGAUUUUAUAAAGACCACAGCAGGCUCAGUUAUUAUUCCCAAGAAUUGUCAUGUUUGAAACUGAAUAAAUUUCCUGUUGCCUCUUUUUGUGUUCUGAUAUUGUGUGUGAAAAAUCAGCAUCUACUUUGCCCUUUGGCCAUGUUUAGCCUCUUUCAGAUGAUUAGUGUGUGUGUGUGGAAUUACUUCUUUUUCUAGGUUUAUUCUGUAUUUUUGUUAAGUUUGACGAUGAAACAAAAGCUACUUGGCUGUAAUGUACAAAUGAGGCCGUUAAACAGUGUUUUUACAAAUAAAGUGUGUCUGAUGACUA